CAAGAAUGUAAUGGCUUAACCUUAGCCUUUUCUCAUCUCAACUCUGCUUCCAUAACCAUAUGUUGCAACUUGAACAAAGAUAAGGUCAUUCAAACUCUUCUCAACACACACAUUUCUUACACUUUCAUGGCUACUAACAUUGGAAUUCUACUGCUACUAAUUGUGGCAUCAUCACUAGCACAAGCUGCACAGCAUGUAGUUCCAUGGAUGAUUCCUACUACUCAAGGCUCCUCCUUCUACUCCAAUUUGCUUGCUAAAACUACAUUCAAUCUAAACGACAUUCUUGUCUUCAACUACACAACUGGGACACAUAAUGUUGUCACGCUUUCAAAGGAUGAUUUCAAAGAUUGCAGUGUCAAGAACAAGAUGGAAACAUUUGAGGUUGGACCUACAAUGAUCAAGCUCAAUCGAACCGGAGAAUACUAUUUCGCCUGCGCCUUCCCGGCUCAUUGCUCUCUUGGCCAGAAGCUUAGUGUCAAUGUCAUGGCCUCUUCUUCUUCCCCGGAGGCUGCACCAGCCGUGGCUCCUUCGUCCCCGGCGUCACGCCUCUCUGUUGCUGCUACUUUCUCUGUUCUUCUCAUGCUCAUUGCCAUAAGCAUCUUGUUCUAGAAUUUGUAUCAGCUUGAUCCAUUUUAGCAUGAAAGCACUUCCAAGUUAUGUGUGUUACAAUUUUACUAGGGUGUCUCAUUGUUCAUGUUCAUGUUUAUUUUGUAAGCUUUUGUUUCCAGCUGCAUUGAAAAUGGAAUGAAUUAAUGAAUAAAAUGAUACUACUAUGGAUUUUUUGUA